AUGGCUCCCUCUCAAAUCAUUCUGAGAAAAAUUCUGGAAGAUAGGGAUUUCUGUAAUCGCAUAGAAAUUUCACUCGAUGAAAACGAAAAAUUUGAGACGUUUGUUGGGCAGAGAAGACUUAUUCCAAUUGCCAUUGCCUAUAUGGUAAAACUGCACCCCGGGCGGUAUGGUGCCAAAGUGAAGGAUAUACUACGACUUCUUGAGGAUUCAGCAGUCUAUUGCAAGAUGUUAGGGGCUCCUCUAAGGAUAGCUAAAGAAGAAAACUUUAUGGAAGGGAUUAAAAACGGAUCAUCAACGUAUGAGAAUGACGGGAGUAUCUAUGAAUGGCCAUAUCUUUCUUACCCAAGACCUUUUGGACCACAUGUUCACUCUCAGUUGGGCCGAAGGGUCAUGGAUUUGUCACGAUCAUAUUCUCUGUCAUUUGAUGAUAUAAGGAAUAUUAGGAACUCAUUAGCUAACUCUUGGAACGAACCCUAUGCCUCCACAUUUCCCCAUAAACCUGUCGGACGAUUCUCCGAUGGAAGCAUCCUCACCGAUUACCUUGGUACAAUAGAUUACUUGCAUCCUCUACCAAAACAGAGUGUUCGAUACGCACUAGUGGACACCGCGAGGGAAAACUUGUAG